CAUCCAUCGUCUUCGUGCAAAGCGCCGUACAAAGAAAAGGCACAUUCGCGCAGCAAGUUUCAUAGCGGACUACCUCUAUCAUCUAUAGAGUCAAAAUUCGGGUCGUCGAGGCGAACCGCGUACACAUUCUCGUUUCAGUCGUGUCAAGAAAGUAGUGAGCUUUUUCCUGUACGUAUACGUAUUUUUUUUGCCUCCAUCCAAUUCUCGUCCAUCGGUCGGUCGUUCAAUAGCCGUCGUCGUCGUCGUCGUCAUCAUCAUCGUCGUCGUCGUCGCCUCGUCGGUGUGUAGUGAACAAAUUUUACGGAGGUAUUUUGUCCGCGCGCUCCGCGAUCGGGAAGCUAAUAAGUUUCCGCUAGCAAUAGCAACAAAACUCCGCUCGCGUUCCCGAAACCCGAAAAAAGAUGGAUUCGGACAUUCCGGAACUUUCCGACGAAGCCGAAGAACAUGUCAAACUCGAAAAUGGCGAUGAGGUAGCAUUACCACCCCGUACUCGUCUCGUUACCACAGCCGAUGUCCAGUCGGGAAAUACGGUCGUCCAAGUGCCGGUAUCGCUACCGGUCGGGACGCUCAUCGGUGGCACUACCUUCAAUGUGCUCACCCCGGACCAGAUACAACAUUUCAAACCGAUGAUCUGCGUGGAUAACAACGGUUUCGUAUCGGGCAGUACCGUUGUAGGAGAUCUGAGCGGUGAUCUCAAGCCAACGCAUAUCGUAAUCCAACAGCAAGGAACGGACCAACAGCAACAGGUAAUACACGAUGAACAGACACUUCUGGACCAAGUUCAACAUCAGUCACAGCAGCAAGAAUACCGUCUAGAGAGCAGCGUCAUCGACAGACUAAAUAAUCUUGACAUUCUACCGGUACGCUGCAAAACAACAACGGGAGAUUUAUACAAAAGUCGGCUGGGUUCCGGUGGCCGUGGCAAAUGUAUAAAGCAUAAGGAUGGCUGGUAUACUCCUAGCGAGUUUGAGAAUAUAUGUGGUCGGGGCUCAAGUAAAGACUGGAAGCGGUCCAUUCGUUACGGUGGACGCAGUUUGCAGGCGUUGAUCGAUGAAGGAAUCCUAACGCCUCACGCCACAAGCUGUACCUGCUCAGCCUGUUGUGAUGAUGAAUCAGCUGCCUCUGGACCGGUACGAUUGUUUACACCCUACAAGCGGAGGCGGCGAAAUCAAAUAGAACCCGAGCAACCGGAGAAAAAGAAGAGAAUUAUUGUAAAUAACAACACAAACACUAGUAAUAACAACAUCCACAUCAAUAACAUUAGCAACAGCGCCAUCAGCAACACGAGUACUACAACAACCGCCGUAAACCACCAGAAUACCACCGUUAGUCAUACGGUACAGCAACAGCAGCAGCAACAACAACAACAACAACAGCAACAGCAAGUGCAACAACAGGUCCAGCAGCAACAGGUUCAACAACAGCAGCAGCAGCAGCAACAACAACAACAACAGGUUCAACAGCAUCAAGUACAGCAACAAAUUCAUCAAGCAGCAGCCACUAUCAAUGCAACACCGAUAAUCACCAACAAUACCAGCACCACAACUACGACCACAACGGUGAAGGUGGUCCAACAGGAACAGCAAGAGAUUGAAAAUGAGCUCGCGAUCACCACCAAAGAGGAACCAUGGCAAACCCUAACCGAAGGAAUAGAGAGUGCCACAGAAUACGUCGACCAAUCGACUCAGUUAAUUACGGAAACGAAUCUACCAUUCGAGAAGCUGAAAGCACUUUGCUCCCAAGUGUCCAAGGCGAUGCAGGAAAUGAAUAAAUGCCUGGCAGAAGUUCAUGAUGUGCACGAUCGCCAGUUGGAACGGUUACAGCGUGAACGGGACGCUGCAAUCCUGACUGUGACGCAACUGGAAGAGCAGAACAACAUCAGUAGUCAAUUACCACCCGGUUCGGUUCAUGCCAACAAAAAGUGUGCCAACUGCAACCGGGAAGCGCUGGCCGAGUGUUCACUCUGCCGGAGGACGCCGUACUGUUCGACCUUCUGUCAACGAAAAGACUGGAUCACGCAUCAAAACGAGUGCGUGCGAAGUACGCAGGAAGCGACACAUCAGAUCAUGCUGAUAGUAGAUGAAACUCAAUAACCUUUAAUUUUCUAAUUGCGACCGGCUCGACGUGGUUAAAGGGAAACGAGGAUUGGGUCGAUUAAGGCUGCAAAAGUACCUUAAAAGUGAGAGGUAUAGAGAAUAAGUACUAUUCGUCGCAGCUCCGAGAGAUCCGCCAUCUUCGUUGGUCGCAAUAAAUCAAUGGGCACGUUUGCCGGGCGGCAUACUACUAUUGAAUUGAGGAAAUGUUUUAUAUUUUAAUAGCAAAGUCUAGAUUUUGUUUUUUUUUUAUAAAUGUGGAAAUCGGACAGAACUGGAUUCACUCACGAGGGACUUAUCUGUAGAGACCGGAAAACUCUACCCCGUUCACAGUAGAUUCUUUUUUUUUUGUUUUCAUUUUUAUUAGGAAAUUGCGCGAAAGUACAUAUAUUUAAUGAUUAAAGUGUGUAUGUAAGACACGAAGAGAAAAUUUAGAAGAAACUUUAUUUAAAAAACUUCUAUCAUUUAAAUAAUAAGAGAUGUUAACUCUUA